CAGGCUAGAAUGUCACGAUCCUGAUGCUAUUGUGCUGGUCUGUGUCUCAUGGGCUGGAACCCCAGGCCAGUUGAGCCUUGUAAGCGUGAGUGGCUGCGGCCCAGUAUUUUGUAUGUGUCCAGACGUCAGUGUUAUAAGGCGCUGGAGAGAGAGAUUGCGGGGAUAUCGAAGAGGAAGGAAACUAAUCUCCUGAAUCCCCUUUCCCUCACCUGCUCUGUCGUGUUCUUCUGUUCUUCCCUAACUCUGAUCCCCUUCUCGAACCUCUCUCUCCUCUAGUAUCGAUUCAGGGUUGUGACAACUUGGUAUCAGAGCAAAUCCCUACCAACCACUUCCGAUCCCCAUCCUUGCACUGGCUCCACGAAGAGCAAAUCCCUUCGAGGCCCUGAUGCAGCAAUCCAUGGAGAACGUGACGGCGGAGAGCGCGGCCACCACCGCCAUGCUGCGGCAGCUCUGCGACUCCCUCAGCAGCGUGCAAAAGCAGCUCACGGAGCUGUCCACUCAGGUGGCAGACUCGAACUCGGCUCUGCGUGAAAAUCGGGAACGCACCGAGGCGUUGGAGGCGCGCACGGAGGAACUGGCGCAGCGGGCGCCGCCGCCUGUUGGAUCCACGCCGGGCACCGCGGCGGGCGGAGUCAACGUCAUCAACCCAUCGCCAGGCCAGCCCACGCAGCCAGCGACCGGGGCGGCUGCAUCUACAUCGACGGGCAUGAUCUACAUCGGCAACGCUCCUCCGAGCGCUCCCGUGCCACAGAUUCGCGUCGACACGGCGCGUGGAUCGAUGUCAAGGCCGCCAUCGCCGCCUCACCUGGGCAUGCCGUACCAGCUGAUGGCGGGAGCCGGAUCUGGGCCAGAAGGCCACCGCGACGCUCGACUUCACCGGGGUGAUGCGCCGGGAAUCCUUGGGAUUCCGCCGCCAUCCCCGGGCACAGGUCAUUGAACACGCCUGGCGUCGACGCGGUGGCGCAACGCAGCAUAUGGUCAAGAUACGUUGGCGUGCAUCUACACCAUCACUUGAUACCUGGGAGAUGGAAGAACACCUGCGCCAAAGCUUCCCACGGGCACCUGCUUGGGGUCAAGCAGCUUUUUAAGUGGAGGGGAAUGUCACGAUCCUGAUGCUAUUGUGCUGGUCUGUGUCUCAUGGGCUGGAACCCCAGGCCAGUUGAGCCUUGUAAGCGUGAGUGGCUGCGGCCCAGUAUUUUGUAUGUGUCCAGACGUCAGUGUUAUAAGGCGCUGGAGAGAGAGAUUGUGGGGAUAUGGAAGAGGAAGGAAACUAAUCUCCUGAAUCCCCUUUCCCUCACCUGCUCUGUCGUGUUCUUCUGUUCUUCCCUAACUCUGAUCCCCUUCUCGAACCUCUCUCUCCUCUAGUAUCGAUUCAGGGUUGUGACAACGUAUUAUCUUAUUAGUGAAUUUCGCUGGUUUCAUGAUUCAUGGGGUUAUGUUAACUUUGCUUCAAACUUCAGGCUAGAAUGUCAAAUAGAUAUUUACUCUGUUCCCAACCCUGCGCUGCAUCACACUCAGCAGGCUAGAAUGUCACGAUCCUGAUGCUAUUGUGCUGGUCUGUGUCUCAUGGGCUGGAACCCCAGGCCAGUUGAGCCUUGUAAGCGUGAGUGGCUGCGGCCCAGUAUUUUGUAUGUGUCCAGACGUCAGUGUUAUAAGGCGCUGGAGAGAGAGAUUGCGGGGAUAUCGAAGAGGAAGGAAACUAAUCUCCUGAAUCCCCUUUCCCUCACCUGCUCUGUCGUGUUCUUCUGUUCUUCCCUAACUCUGAUCCCCUUCUCGAACCUCUCUCUCCUCUAGUAUCGAUUCAGGGUUGUGACAACGUAUUAUCUUAUUAGUGAAUUUCGCUGGUUUCAUGA